AUGUCGACCCUUUCUUCUUCUGCGCAUUGUCGAUCAUUUUGUUCUUCGCCAUCAUCAUCGGCUUAUGGGCAUAAUCGAAUAGCAGUUUCUUCGACUUUUCAGAAGCAAUUCGUACCCAGAAAGGUUUCUUUGCAAUCAAACAGGAAAACAUGGUCCACCGUGGUUUGCAUGCAAGAUGGUGCAGUGGCCGCAAGAGUAACGUCGAUUGAAAAUAAAACCCCUUUAAAGAAAUUAAAAGAUGGGUUGUUGUCAGUUACAUCCCCAGAGGAAUGCAAGGAUGCUGCUGGUUUCGAUAUCAAUAAAGAUAAAUCCAGUGUCAGUAUCACUGUGGUUGGAGCCUCCGGGGACCUUGCUAAGAAGAAGAUAUUUCCUGCACUUUUUGCACUUUAUUAUGAGGAUUGUCUCCCAGAGCACUUCACUAUUUUUGGUUAUGCUCGGAGUAAGAUGACUGAUGCUGAACUUAGAAACAUGGUUAGUAGGACCCUUACUUGCCGGAUUGACAAGAGGGAGAACUGUGGUGAAAAGAUGGAACAUUUCCUUAAAAGAUGUUUCUACCAUUCUGGUCAAUAUGAUUCUCAAAAUAAUUUUGCCGAGCUUGACAAUAAACUGAAGGAACAUGAGGGUGGGAGGGUUUCUAAUCGCCUUUUCUAUUUAUCAGUUCCGCCGAAUGUAUUCACAGAUGCUGUAAGAUGCGCAAGCCUCUCUGCUUCAUCAGCUAAUGGCUGGACAAGGGUCAUUGUAGAGAAGCCCUUUGGUCGGGAUUUUGAAUCCUCAUCUGCUUUGACAAAAUCUCUCAAGCAAUACUUAGAGGAGGAUCAAAUUUUCAGGAUAGACCACUAUUUGGGGAAGGAGCUGGUGGAGAAUCUAUCUGUCCUCCGCUUCUCCAACCUCAUUUUUGAACCCUUGUGGUCGAGGCAAUAUAUAAGAAGUGUACAGCUGAUAUUCUCUGAAGAUUUUGGCACCGAAGGGCGGGCAGGGUACUUUGACAAUUAUGGGAUAAUAAGGGACAUAAUGCAAAACCAUCUGCUCCAGAUACUGGCCCUCUUUGCCAUGGAAACCCCUGUCAGUUUGGAUGCAGAAGAUAUCAGAAAUGAAAAGGUCAAAGUUCUACGUUCAAUGAGGCCUUUAGAACUUGAAGAUGUCGUCAUAGGGCAGUAUAAGAGCCACACAUUAGGGGGUGUUACUUACCCAGGGUAUACUGAUGACAAGACCGUACCCAAAGACAGCCUAACUCCAACGUUUGCUGCAGCCACCCUUUUUAUUGAUAAUGCUCGAUGGGAUGGGGUGCCUUUUCUAAUGAAAGCCGGGAAAGCUUUGCAUGAUCAGAGGGCUGAGAUAAGAGUACAGUUUAGGCAUGUGCCUGGUAAUCUGUACAACCGAAAUUUCGCGGCAGAUAUUGAUCAAGCAACAAAUGAGCUUGUUAUCCGUGUGCAACCAGAUGAGGCUAUCUACUUGAAGGUCAAUAAUAAGGUCCCUGGUUUGGGUAUGAGAUUGGAAAGCAGUAAUCUAAACCUUCUCUAUGCAGCAAGAUACUCAAAGGAGAUUCCUGAUGCAUACGAGAGACUUCUUCUUGACGCCAUUGAAGGGGAGAGGAGACUGUUUAUUCGGAGUGAUGAGCUUGAUGCUGCUUGGGCGCUCUUCACGCCUGUAUUGAAAAUGCUAGAAGAGAAGAAAACUAUUCCCGAGUGUUAUCCUUAUGGGAGUCGUGGUCCUGUUGGGGCUCACUAUCUUGCAGCCAGGUACAAUGUUCGAUGGGGCGAUCUUGGUUUAGAAAAAUAGAUUUGAGAAUGCUCUCUGUGAUUUGACAAAUGGUGCGAACUAGCUCACAAUAGAUUUAGUUUUGUUUGGUUUUUGGUAUGAUUAUAGAUGAAACUAUUGAAGUUAUUUCAUUGGGGGAUUAGAGUUGAUAAUAGCCAUGGGCUCGGGUUGAUAGUAGCUGUGGUAGUAAUGGUCUGGACCCGACUAUUGACCUGAGGCACUGAUCGGGAAAGUCAUAAAGGAAUGUUAAAUGAAGAGGAACGCUCCAAGCUGAACUUUAACAUUGAAUGCAUAAGCUUUUCUGUUUUA